GUGGCAUAGUGAAAUCUUCAUCAAAAUCUAUAAAUCACAUAUAUAAAACAGAAAAAGAAAAACCUAAUUUUUUUUUGUCAGCACCUAACUUCAUAAUUGGAAACUUAGAAUAUAAAAUAUAAUUAAAAACUUAAAAAAAAUGAAGUAAAAAAUAUUUAUUGGUUGAACCUGUGGUUGAACCGGCAUCGGGUUCCGGGUUUUACUGGAUUUUUGCGGGUUUCUAAAUAUUGAAUUUUUCACAAAACCCCAAAGCAAAUUUUUUCUGGGUCACCGGAUUUACCGGUUCAACUGCGGGUUCGGGUCGGGUUUCAAAACACUGGGAAAAGGAUAAAAUAGCAAGAACCGGUUUUUAUAAGUGUUAAAAAUCCUUAUGUGACCGUGUCAUGUUCUUAUUCGACCUCCCAUUUAUGUCUCUCUCUUUCCUCCUCCAAUCUAGAUCACUCCAUUUUCUCACACGUAAUUGGCAUGCCGUUUAAAACGAAACUAUUGAUGUGGUAACCAGAGCAACUUUGCUUUUCGAUUUGUCGUAUAACAAAACCCUAAAAAUAACAUUGAAAAGGCGUAAAAAGACCCUAAUAAUAGGAAGUCCAAUGGCAAUGAAUUUCAAAGUGACUUUAAUCGGAAGAGCUUUUGUCUUCCUCAGCCAGCUAGCCUCUCGAUCUUUUCAUGACUCUGGUGUUGUAAUUAAUCACCCGAAAAUAUCUCUUCUUUUAACGUGACAAAAGCAAUAGUUAAUUUGUAUUGAGAAGAUGAAGUUUGGAGAGACGUUCACGGAAUAUCUACAUGGAGAAGAGGAGUGGUUCCUAGAAAAAUGUCGUUAUGUUGAAUAUAAGAAACUCAAGAAAGUACUAAAGAAAUGCAAGACAUGUAACUCCACAAGAUCUGAUGAUGAACACAUCAUCUCAUCGGCUACCUCUUUGUCUGAUUCAUGCCAAUACCAAUCUUGUCCUUGGUGUGAUCAGAUGUUCUUUGAGGAACUGAUGAAGGAAGCUUACGACAUAGCAGGAUGCUUCAAGUCAAGAGUCAGGCAUCUUCUCCAUCUUCAUGUAGCCACUGGGAUGCAAAGAUACAUGAUGCGUCUACGCAGAUGCUUCACGGACGAAAAACAAGCUUUAAUCCAUGAGGGUCAUAUCUUGAUUCAAUACAUAACAAUGAAUGCUAUCGCCAUCCGUAAAAUCCUAAAGAAAUAUGACAAGGUGCAUGGCUCAGAGAAUGGGAAGAAUUUUAAGUUGAAAAUGCGAGCAGAGCGCAUAGAGCUCUUGCACUCACCCUGGCUUAUAGAACUUGGAGCCUUUUAUCUCAACUCUGGUCUUGAAAAAGUUGGAAACUUCAAGAACUCUUUUGGCCGCGUCUCAUGUGAAAAUCUAAACGAAGAUCAACCAGUGAUGAAACUCAUGCUGCCUAACUCAAUAGAGCUUGAGUUUGAUCUAGUUUGCGCAAUAUGUCUGGAAACGGUUUUCAAUCCCUAUGCUUUGAAGUGCGGUCACAUAUAUUGUAAAGCGUGUGCAUGCUCGUCUGCUUCUGUAAUGAUUUUCCAAGGCGUUAAGGCAGCCCCACAAUGUUCCAAAUGUCCUAUAUGCAGAGAGGUUGGAGUUUAUGCGGAAGCGGUUCACAUGAUCGAGCUCCACCUUCUGUUAAAGAUACGAAGCAAAGAGUAUUGGAAGGAGAGGAUGAUGGGGGAACGAUCUGAGAUGGUGAAGCAGUCGAAGAUGUUUUGGAACGAGCAGACGAUGCAAAUGAUUGGUUUCUAGUUGUUUACUUCCACAAUAAUCAUAACAUAUUCAAAAGUUAAUUAUAAAAAAAUGGUGAUGAGAAAAAGAGAUAAGAAAAUUAUUCUUCUAAAGACGUUAAUUAUAGUUUGAAGUUUUUUUUUCCCUUUGAUAAGACUUAAAUGAAGUUGUAUUUGAUUUUUUUAUGAUGUUAUUAGAUAUACUUUAUGAUAAUUUAUUACUAAUAAAUUAACCAAACAUGAAUAACUUUUACAUAUAAGUGUUGAGUUUUUUGGAGUUU